AUGAACAGCAAGAAAAGUUACGAGGUACAGAGAAUGUCAAGUCUAGUAGCAUCACUCCAUAGUGUAUGCUCAACAACAUGUUGUGUUGAAGCUGGAGGAGGCCGUGGCCAUCUUCCUGUUGCAUUAACUUUGGGGUAUGGUGUGCCCAGCCUGACUAUAGACUGCGAUGAGAAAACAAUAAACUCUGCUGCACAAAGAAUAAAAAUAAUUCAGAAACAAUGGCAUGCAAUAGCUAAGAAAAUUCAUAGUGGAAAUGAAGAACAGGUAUCUCGUGGGAUAAAUAAAGAUCUACAUCGUUUCGCAAGCGCUUACAUGACGAGGCACACAGACUUAGCAGCUAUAGUUAGAGAUAAGUUUCCCGAACAUUCCAAUAAAAACAUCAAGUUAUUAUUGACAGGUAAAACUUGA